AAAAAACUGUUCAAAGUUUAAACAAACUUACAAAAUCAAACACAUAAAGAGAUGGUGACUAAUCGCAAAUCAUGGCUAAUAAUAACUGCACUGGUUGUAUCAUUGUUAUGCGUGGAAAUUUCUUCGGAAGCCAUAGAGGCCAAUGAUAUUGAACUCUUUUGCUAUCCGGAAUUACAUAAAAAUACCCGCAAAUCGUGUGAAUGUAUCAGCGAAGGUUCUGCGCCCUGGGGCUUACGCGUUCUCAAUAUUGACUGCAGUUUCAAGAGUUUGCUGACGGCAGACUUUUCCGAACUCUUGCCUCCUUCUGUAGAUCGUUUGGAUUUGACUUGGAAUCAAUUGGAACGAGUGCCAAUGUUGGCCAGUGACAGUUUAACUCUGCUGAAUCUAAUGCACAAUAACAUUUCCAUGGUUAUGGCAAAGAAUUUCGUUAAAGUAGCGAAUCUUCGGGAACUGUACUUGAGUUGGAAUAGUAUACAAACCAUAGAGCCCUAUGCCUUUUCCGAUCUACCCCAUUUGCAGGUGUUGGAUUUGUCGCACAAUAAUUUGCACAAUUUGGCUUUUCAAAUAUUUUUACCGCUGCAGUCGUUGGAAUCGUUGUAUUUGUCGUGGAAUCGUCAGCUCAAUCAAACAGAGGGCAUACAAGAAUUGGACUUUUAUCAGACAUAUGGUGUGAAUAAUAAACUGCGUACUUUGAAAUUGAAGGCCUGUAAUCUAAACAACAUUGUGUUGCCGAAGAAUGUGGUUUUGAAAGAAUUGGAUUUAAGACGAAAUUCAUUGACUGAGGUGCCACAAAAUUUGCCUGAGGGUCUGGAGCUAAUAGAUUUAAGUGAAAAUCUGUUUGAGUCUUUAUUGGAAUCGGACACAAAACGUUUGAUGCAUAUACACGAGUUGUAUAUGGAAGAUAUGCCUCGUCUCGUCAGCAUAGAAGAAAAUUCACUGGUGCCUUUGGAGUCUUUGGAGAAAAUAAGUUUCCAAAACAGCCGCAGUUUGGUGGACAUGCACGAGUAUUCGUUUGGCCAAAAUGCCACACGCUCACCCAAACUUCACUCGAUGAUAUUUCGCGGCACUGCUCUGCGUGGUUUCAAUAAUACUUUGUCUCCUAUAUUCUUCCAACUGGCCACCCUGGAUCUCAAUGGUAUGCCGUUACAUUGCGAUUGCAAUUUAGUGUGGCUUAAGGAGGUGCGCAUUGAAACCAAUGGCCGCUGCUUUAAGCCCUCCCGUUUGAGGGGCGUACGUUUGGCCAAGGCCAAUCGCAAUGAUUUCAGUUGUGAACGUUGGCCACGCUGGGUUUAUGGCAUAAUUGUGUUGGCUCUCAUCGCUCUCUGUUCCAUUUGUAUUUACUUUAUUGUGGUGGGUUUGCGGCCAAAUGGCGGUGUCACCAUGCGUCGCAAAGUUGGUGCUGGCAGUCCAUAUGCUCGUGUCACAAUAGAGCCCAACCGUCAGGAACAUUAUUAACAUUUUAUAUUAUUAUUAUUAUUAUCAUUAUUAUGUUGAAUGAAAAACCACAUGACAUACACACACACAUAUGUAUGUAUGUAAUUAACGUUUAUUUUAAUUAAACACAUUUUGUAUAUAAUUUUUUAUUUUUUCUCAGGAUAUGUAUUUCCUUUUCAAACAACAAUAUAAAUUUUAAAACAAAAAAAUAAAUUAUUUAUUUACUAACUAAAA